CUCCAGCCAGUUCCAGAUGUCAGGGUUUAGAGGCCUGGUUCCAGAGCUGGAGAGCAGCCUAUGGAGUUCUCCCACCACAAGCUGCAUGAGCAAGAUGUGCUGGUGGCUCCUUUGGGGAAUCCUCCAUACUUGCCCCACCCAGGCCUCUAUGCUUUUGGCCCAGCCGUCACCACAGCAGCUGACAUCCCCCGGAUACCCAGAGCCAUAUCUCAAAGGCCAGGAGAGCCACACUGACAUCGAGGCCCCGGAGGGCUUUGCCGUGAGGCUGACCUUCCAGGACUUUGAUCUGGAGCCAUCCCCAGACUGUGAAGGCGACUCUGUCACAAUUUCAACCGGAGGAAUAGAUGCAACCAGACUGUGUGGGCAGCAAGGUUCCCCUCUGGGGAACCCUCCUGGUCACAGGGAGUUUGUAUCCUCUGGUAGGAGCCUGCGGCUGACCUUCCGGGCACACUCAUCCUCCGAGAAGAUCACACACCUCCACAAAGGCUUCCUGGCUCUCUACCAAGCCGUAGCUGUGAACCAACCCAAUGGGGAUGCCCAGGCCGAUCCCACACCCGGAGCUGACCCUCCCAAGUUUCAGAACCACUGCCAAGAUCCCUAUUAUAAAGCAGAACAGACAGGGACACUUAGCUGCCCAUCCUUGUGGAAGUUGAAGGACAGACAGGAUGGAGAAGAGGUUCCUGAAUGUGUGCCAGUCUGUGGAAGACCAGUCGUCCCCCUUGCUGAGAAUCCAAACACUUUUGGUUCUUCCCGAGCUAAACUGGGCAACUUCCCCUGGCAAGCCUUCACCAGCAUCUAUGGUCGUGGGGGCGGAGCCCUGCUGGGUGACAGAUGGAUCCUGACGGCUGCCCAUACCAUCUACCCCAAGGAUAGCAUCUAUCUCAGAAAGAACCAGAGUGUGGAAGUGUUUCUGGGUCACACAGACAUAGAUGAGCUGCUGAAACUUGGGAACCAUCCUGUCCGUAGGGUCGUGGUUCAUCCAGACUACCGCCAACAUGAGUCCCACAACUUCAAUGGAGAUAUUGCUCUUCUGGAACUUGAGCAGAGAGUCCCUCUGGGGCCCAAUCUCCUCCCAGUCUGUCUGCCGGACAACGAGACCCUCUACCACAGCGGCCUCUGGGGUUACGUCAGUGGGUUUGGUGUGGAGAUGGGCUGGUUAACAACAAAGUUGAAAUACUCAAAGCUGCCUGUAGCUCCCCGGGAGGCCUGUGAAGCCUGGCUCCGCCAGAGGCAGCGAACUGAGGUGUUUUCUGACAAUAUGUUCUGUGUUGGGGAAGAGAUGCAGAUGAGCAGUGUCUGCCAGGGAGACAGUGGCAGCGUCUAUGUGGUGUGGGACGAUCUUGCUCUUCACUGGGUGGCCACGGGCAUUGUAUCCUGGGGCAUCGGGUGUGGCAAGGGGUAUGGCUUCUACACCAAAGUGUUCAGCUACAUGGAUUGGAUUAAGAGGGUGAUUGAAGGUAAAGACUGACGCCAGGGGACCCAAGGAGUGGCCAGCCAGCACUGUGGAGGUCCCAGCUAAGAACGGGCAGGAGUUAAGGAUCCACUUGAAUCCGGGAGACCCCAUUUAAGUAACUGGUUCAGCAGGACAGUGGUGGCGCACGCCUUUAAUCCCAGCACUUGGGAGGCAG